AUGUCUGCGUGUACUGCCCAAAUGUCCUCCAUCUCCCCCGCCCGCUCCGCUAACUGGUCCAGUAACCGUAGCGCAGCCAGUAACCACGUCCGUGAAUCUUCGCGAACCGUCGCGGGCGGCCUGUCCAGUAGGGCUGCGGACGUUCGGAGGACUGGCUCGCGGAAUGGCAGAGCCAGGGCGGCGAGGCUGGUUCGGUGUGUGUCCGAGCCUAAAGUGGAGGCUCGGUCUGCCGAGGAGGUGCUUGCAUCUCAGCCGUCGUUUCUUCGCCACAUCGCAGAUCAUGGCACGCCCCUGCCCUUCACCCGUCGAGUCAUUGAGACUGUUCAAGUCAACAUCGGGCUCUACUGCAACCAGGCGUGUCAGCACUGCCACGUGGACUCCUCCCCUCUCAGAACCGAGAUGAUGGAGCACAGAGCAGCAGAGAGGGUGGUGCAGCUGGUGUCAUCCUGUCCAAGUGUGCGCUGUGUUGACCUCACAGGGGGGGCACCUGAGCUUAACCCUGAGUUCAGGUACCUGGUCACAGAGGCACGCAGAAUGGGCAAGGAGGUGAUCGACCGCUGCAACCUCACUGUGCUGUUUGAGCCGGGGCAAGAGGAUUUGGCAGAAUUCCUGGCAGCCAAUCAGGUGCAUGUGGUGGCGUCUCUCCCGUGCUACUCUGCUGAUAACGUCAACAAGCAGAGGGGAGGGGGAGUGUUCGACCUCAGCAUCAGGGCGCUUCAGCUUCUCAACGGCCUGGGGUACGGCAAGGAAGGCUCGGGUUUGGUGCUAGACCUGGUGUACAACCCGGUUGGGCCGUUCCUCCCCCCUGCUCAAGCCAAGCUGGAGGAAGCAUACAAGAGCGAGCUGAUGUCAUGCUAUGGCAUAUCGUUCAACAGCCUUUUCACCAUCACCAACAUGCCUGUCAAGAGAUUCGCUUCGUUUCUGCAUAGACAGGGCCAACUCGAGGACUACAUGCAGCUGCUGAUCUCUGCCUUCAACCCAGCAGCAGUGGGCAAUGUGAUGUGCAGAAACGUGAUCAACAUUGACUGGCAAGGCGCACUCUUCGACUGUGACUUCAACCAGCAGCUCGCCCUCGGCCUUCCCCCUAAGCCAUCCGCUGCAACGAACUCUCCCCUCGCCUCUCCUCCACCUCCUCCGCCUCGCACAGUUUUCGACGUCCAAUCACUGGAUGAGCUUGUUGAUCGCCCCAUAGCCACAGCAGCGCACUGCUACGG